AUGAAUAAAAGUUCAAAAUGUUCAUCAUGUGGAUCAACAAAUGGUGAAUCAUCAAAAUUUUGUACAAGUUGUGGUAACAAAUUACUCGGUGCCUCAUCACCAAGUAGACCUGCAUCAACAAUAGUUAAACCAACUUUAUCAAGUGGUACAGCAACAACAACUUCAAAAUCAUUUUUAGCACCAACUAUUAAACCUGCUGCUUCAACAGCUACACCCAAUUCUAGAGCAACUAUUUCCACUUCUUCUGUAACAUCAAAACCAACAACAACCACAACAACUUCAACUGUAACACCAAAAUCAAUUUUAAAAUCAACAACAACCACUACAGCAUCAUCUCCAACAAAAUCGUCUAAACCAAUUCUAAAACCAACAACAACCACUACAACAUCAUCUCCAACAAAAUCAUCCACCACCACUACAACAACAGCACCAACAACCAGACCAAAAUCACACACUGUUUCAAGUCAAGUCGCACCAUCCAUUACCAAACCCAAUAGUGCCACUAACUUGUCAGUGGUAGAUUCAGAACCAUUAUGGUCAGGUAAAGGAUCAUUUGUUAAAAUGGCAGCAAAAUCAAGAGAGACAUUAGAUAGUAAAGCAAUUCAAGAUUCAAAAAUUUUACAAGGUUAUACAGCACCACCAGUUACAACAUCAAAAAGUACAUUAAGCAUAAACCACAAAAAAACAAUAUCAACACCAGAUCCUUCAUCUCAAACUAAAAAACCAACACCAACCAACACCACAUCACAUACACCACCAGCACCAACUAUCACUACUAGACCACAAUCAAUGUCAGUAUCAGUAUCAUCCAAAUCAUCGUCAUCUCAUUCGUUAACAUCACCCACCAGUAAUAUUAAAUCAAAUAGUGACAAAAACAAAGAUUUAGAAAGAUUGGAGCAAAAAAUUCAACAAGAUAAGGAGAAAUUUAUACAAAAAGAAAGAGAAGAGGCCAAAAAGAGUCAAAUAGAAUAUGAGGCAAAAAAACAAUUAGAAAAAGAAAAAAAUCAAUUGGAGCGUGAAAAUAAACAAAAGUCUGAAAAAAAAGCUGAAUUGGAAAAAGAAAAAGAAAAGGAAAAGGAACAAAAAGAAAGAGAAGAGAGACUAGAGAAAGAAAGACAAAAGUUAUUAGAGCGUGAUAAACAAAAACAACAAGAGCGUGAAGAAAAAGAACGUUUACAACAAGAGCGUGAUCAUCAAAAACAAUUAGAGCGUGAAGAAAAAGAACGUUUACAACAAGAACGUGAAAAACAAAAACAGCUAGAACGUGAAGAAAAAGAACAUCAAAAACAAUUGGAACGUGAAGAGAAAGAAAGAAGAAAGGCAGAACGUGAAAAAUAUCAUACAUCACCAGUCCCAUCAACUAUCAGUUCUCGUAAAGAUUCAAACUCAUCAACCAACAGUAACAACAAUCCACCAUCAUUACCAAACUCAUCAGGCUCAUUACCAAUCAUGUCAGCCAGUCAUAUCAAUAACGAUGAUAGUUGUGAUGUUGAUGAAGCAGCAACCAUUUCUUCAUCGCCGGUGACAUCUUUUGAACAGACUACCGAAAAGAUAAAGAAAAAUAAAAGAGAUAGAGAAAAAUACAGUUCAAAAAUAUUUUCAUUAUUUAGCAGAAAAGAUGAGGAUGAUGAGGAGCUUGUCAUAUCAAGUCCUGGUACACCAAAUGGCAACCACCAAUAUAGUGGAAGUAACUCUGCAUCACCAUCACCAACUCCAGACAGCCCAAGUCAAUCACAUAUCGAUGAUAAUUCAAGUGACAAUGGUACACCAAAUGGUAAUAGUGGCGAAGUACAUCUUAGAAAAUGGGCAAUUAAAAGAAAUGAAUUACAAAGAUCAGAAAAUAAUCUAUUCUCGCCAUCAUCACCAGCCUCCUCAAGUAUAUUUAUACCUGUUGGUUCACAAAGCCCAGGUAGUAGUAGUGGUUCAUUAGUUACAACCCCAUCCUCAUCAUCAUUGGUUAAAGAGGGUCAAUCGACAUCAGCAUCAACAUCAUCGUUUGUACCAUCAUCAUCCCCAUCAAUGUCACCUUCAUCUCCAUCCUCAUCAUUUGUAACAUCAACUCCAAGUAUCGGAUCUACCCAUGUAGUUAUGGGCACAUCUAGAAUUUCAUCACCAAAUCCACCACCAGACCUCCCACAAAACAUGCCUCAAGCUGUUGACCAAAGAGAUCGUGUUAUUGAAGAAAUUAUUGUCACAGAAGCAGAUUAUAUUAGAGAUUUAGAAAUUAUGGUUUGGUUAAAGAAAGAAAUGGUAGUUCAAGAUAAUGAUUGCAAGGGUGGAACACUUGAAGAAAUCAAUAGUUUAUUUAGUAAUGUAGAGCAACUUUUACUCGUUAACAAAGAGCUCUAUAAAAAGUUUUGCAAUUUCGAUAACUCAUUCGCUACACCCAAUGCUACAUUUAUAGAUUUUAUUGCAAAUGGCUUUGUUAGCAUGGCAGAUUUCUUAAAGGUUUAUUUUGUUUAUUGUAGUAAUCAACAAAAAGCUCUUUCCACCUAUUCAGCAUUAAAAGGCAAAAACUGUACAUAUUUAGCAUACCUUUUAACAAGACGUGAAUGUAGAUCAUUACCAUUUGAUAGUUUUUUAAUUAAACCUGUGCAAAGAGUUUGUAAAUAUCCACUACUAAUAAGAGAAUUAAUUAAAUCAACACCACAAGAUUCAAUAUCAUAUAUAAAUUUAUUAAAUGCUCAAAGUAAAAUUGAAAGUAUUGUUCUUACAGUCAAUGAAAAGAAGAGAGAGUUUGAUUCUUUAAUGAAAAUGUUAGAACUUCAAAAUAGAAUUACCGAGUCUGGAGAUAAUACAAAGAUUUUGUCACCAUCAAGAAAACUUAUUAGAGAAGGUCCAAUACAAAGCUGGGGCUCAACAACACCCACAAAUCAACAAAGUUUUAUAUUCAAAAAGAAAAACAAAGAAGGUUAUUAUUAUUUAUUUAAUGAUUUGUUUUUAUAUUGCGAAGUUAAAAUGGUUGGGGUUUUAAACAAUACUGUAUUGGCACCUUUAAAAGUAAAGUGUGAAAUUUCCUUCGAGCUUUGUUAUAUUUUAGAUACAAUUUUAGAUGAUUGUGCAUUCGAACUUAAAAACUUAUCAACUAUUUCAAUGUUCUCACUUGAAACUGUUGAAGAAAGAAACGCUUUAUUUAACGAUAUCAAAGGUGCUUUCGAAUCUCAUCAAUCCAUAUUAAAAGAAUAUCAAUCAUAUAUUAUUGCUCUAAACCAAAAACAACAACAACAACAACAUCAACAGCAACAACAAGACCAAGAUCAAGAAAAAUCCUCAUACAACCCACUUUCAUCAUCAUCAUCCUCAAUUGGUGGAAUCAGUGUUUCAUCAUCUGAUAUUUUAUCAAUGGAUGAAUGGAGACAAAUGGUUAGAAAUAAACCUUUACCUGCACUUCCAACAAAUGUUUUAAACAAUAAUGGAAAUAAUAGUAGCGGGCCAUCAUCGCCAUCUGCCUCAAGAAUAUCUAAAGCUUUACCUGUACCACCACCCCCACCAAAAAACUAA